AUGUCGGCACCAAACCCAAAGGCGUUCCCAUUGGCAGAUUCGGCCUUGACCCAGCAAAUCUUGGAUGUCGUGCAGCAGUCCCAGAACUUGAGACAGUUGAAAAAGGGCGCCAAUGAAGCCACCAAGACUUUAAACAGAGGCAUCUCUGAGUUCAUCAUCAUGGCUGCCGACGCUGAGCCUAUUGAAAUCUUGUUGCACUUGCCGUUGUUGUGCGAAGAUAAGAAUGUGCCAUACGUCUUUGUUCCUAGUAAAGCUGCUUUAGGAAGAGCCUGUGGUGUUUCAAGACCCGUGAUUGCUGCUUCUGUCACGUCAAAUGAUGCUUCUUCCAUCAAGAACCAAAUCUACGGUAUCAAGGAUAAGAUUGAAACUCUUUUGAUCUAG